CUUCCUCGGCGGGGGGGGGGGGGGGGCUGGAUUGGGCAGGUCCCCUAGCUCGCCCAGGGCCGCCUGACUUGUGCCUUGGCAGCCCUGAGGGCUGACUUGUGCAGGAACGCAGGCCGAAGUCAGAGUCAUCUCAGCUCACACAGACUCCAGUGGGAAUGACGCUGUGCAGAUGGACGAUCCCAGCGCAUUAGGGGACUACCUCUCCACCUCCUUGGCCUCUGACCCUCUCUGAGUGGGAGAUACUAGCGGUGUUCAAAUUCCAAAGGAGGGCUCCCCUUGGGCUGCAGAGACCAACUUUCAGGGCGGCUGGGAACUUCUGCUUUCCCACCUGCCAAGGGGCUGACCACACCUCUGCCCUAAACGGCCCGCCAAGAGUUGGGGAAAUGAGAAAGGAGGGAGAUUUCAGGCAGCCUCUCUCUGCUGGCCUGCUCAAGUUUCCUCUCUAAGAUGGGAGCCGUGCCCGACCCUGUUUUUCUUGACAACUCCCACCAAGAUUCACAAACUCAACUGCUCCAGAGGAACUGGGACCCAAACGCCCCCCGCCGCGCCCCUGCCCAGAGGGACAGUGGUCCCAUCCAGGCCUCCAGACUGCAGACUGGGACCGAGAAGAGAGGUCCCGGCGGCCACACGAGGCCAGGAUCCUGGAAACACCACCAUCAACCGGGCUCCCUGCAGCGCUCACCCAGCAAGCCGCCUAGGAGCGCCCUUCCACGGCCUCUUCUCGGGUUGGAGUCCGCGGCACUGCGCCCCGCCCGCCCAGGAGCCGCCAAGACGGCGCGGCCCGAGGGAGCUCGCUUGCCCGGGGGUGGGGAUGAGAGACUCCCCUCCUGCGCCUGCCCCGCGACCCGCAGCCCGGCCUGGGGACGGUGGGGGACUCACCUCCUGCGCCGGCCCUGUGCCCAGCCCGCGAGUUCGCACCGCGGCCGCCAGGGUCCCCGCCUGCUACGCCCAGGUCCCAACCCGCUCCGCCCAGGUCCCAGCCGGCUCCACCGGACACGCCCCCACGGUGGCUCGGCCAAUCGGAGCCCAGGAAGCGGGAGGGGCGGGGCCUGGGCGCGGCUCCUGGAGGGCGCCCGGACUCCUGAGCGCCGCAGGUCUGGGGCUGGGCGGGACUGGCGCCCCUGUUUGAUCCCCUGGCCCCGCCCGGCUUCCCUUUCCGCCCGCCGCUGCCCCACGCGGAGCGCGACUGCUGUCACCUGCUGGGACUGCGACCCUGGCCUUGGGCAGAGGUGGGGUGGGGGCGCCCGCGACUGCGAGAUCUGCGGGGCUCUGCGGGGAAACGGGCAGUGGGAGGCUUGUGCCUUCUGGUGCCUCCGGCGGGCCUCACAGCACAGUCACCCUCAGUGGUCAAUAAUCGUAAUAUGA